CUUACUUCCCUGUGAUGUUGUUGAAUGUUGAGCGAGACACGCACAGGCGCUACCGCGGCUCGCGCUGAUCAAUGAGAGCUCGUGCUUGGUCUCGAAACGACACACGGCGUUUAAUCGUAGCGGAUUAAUUUCCAAACAAGGGCAGAAAGUGUGUCUCCAUCAAUAUGGAUCAUCCAGUGUGGAUGCAUCUCUCGCUUGACUGACGAGCAAGAGGGAUGGGCCGUCUACAGGAAGAAUCUUAUUAGGUGGAGAAGACCCAACCCUCAAUCCUACAAGUCUCGAUCAUGAAACUCGACCCAUCCUGAACUCUGCCCGUACACAAACACCCAAACAUGGCCUCCGUAUACUUAUGGAAGCUGUCGUCCCAGAAGCUAGGCUUCUUCCUGGUGAGUUUCGGCUUCAUCUGGGGUAUGAUGCUGCUGCACUUCACCAUCCAGCAGAGGACGACGCACGAGAGCAGUGCCCAGCUACGCAUGCAGAUCCUCGACCUGAGCAAGCGCUACAUCAAAGCUCUGGCCGAGGAGAACCAGGGCGUGAUGGACGGACCUUACGUGGGGACCAUGACGGCAUACGACCUGAAGAAGACUCUCGCUGUGCUGCUGGACAACAUCAUGCUACGGCUGUCCAAGCUCGAGUCCAAAGUGGACACCAUCAUCGUCAUCAACGGUUCGGCCUCCAACCUGACCAAUGGCACGGCGGCUCCUGCGCCCAGCUCUCCCAAUGCCGAGAAGGUCAACGUGGCAGACCUGCUUAGUGGAGCACAGGAAAAGUGUGAGCUGCCACCUCUUGACGGCUUCCCGCACUGUGAGGGCAAAAUGAAGUGGAUGAAGGACAUGUGGCGUUCAGAUGCGUGCUAUGCAAAUUAUGGCGUGGACGGAACCAUGUGCAGCUUCUUCAUCUACCUGAGCGAGGUGGAGAACUGGUGUCCUCGUCUGCCGUGGAGGGGCAGCAACGCUAAUGACGAUUUUGAAAAACAGGGACGGCUGGAGAUCCGGACGAGUCUGGACGAGCUGUACCGCGUGAUGUCACGGCGUGAGGAGUUCCGCUGGAUGAUGUUGAGGAUCAAGCGGAUGGAGGAGCCGUGGCUCAGCGCCGUGCACUCCCUCAGUCUCAAACAAGACCUGCGCAACCGCAAGCGAAAGAAGAUCCUUGUGCAUCUGGGCCUGCUGACGAAGGAGUCUGGCUUCAAGAUAGCUGAGAAUGCGUUCAGCGGGGGUCCACUGGGAGAACUGGUGCAGUGGAGUGACCUCAUCACCACUUUAUACCUGCUGGGCCAUGACAUCCGCAUCUCAGCCUCCAUCGCAGAGCUUAAAGAGAUCAUGAGGAAGGUGAUGGGAAACAAGUCCAGCUGUCCCACGCAGGGUGAUAAAGUGGUGGAGCUCAUCUACAUCGACAUCGUGGGUCUGUCUCAAUUUAAGAAGACGCUAGGGCCCUCAUGGGUGCACUACCAGUGCAUGCUGCGAGUGUUGGACUCGUUCGGGACGGAGCCGGAGUUCAACCAUGCGCACUACGCUCAGUCUAAAGGCCACAAGACUCCGUGGGGCAAGUGGAACCUUAACCCUCAGCAAUUCAACACCAUGUUCCCUCACACUCCUGAUAACAGCUUCCUGGGCUUCGUGGUGGAGCAGCACCUGAACGCCAGCGACAUCAAGCACAUCGACGACGUCAAGCGGCAGAACCAGUCGCUCGUCUACGGGAAGGUCGAUAACUUCUGGAAGGAUAAAAAGAAGUACCUGGACAUCAUCCACUCCUACAUGGAGGUGCACGCAACCGUCCACGGGAGCAGCACUGUGCACUUACCCGGCUACGUCAAAAACCACGGCAUCCUCAGCGGGCGGGACUUACAGUUCCUGCUCCGGGAGACCAAACUGUUUGUAGGUUUGUCCUUCCCUUAUGAAGGCCCCGCCCCCCUGGAGGCUAUAGCCAAUGGCUGUGCGUUCCUGAACCCCAAGUUCAAUCCACCCAAGAGCAGCAAGAACACGGAUUUCUUCAAGGGCAAGCCCACUCUGAGAGAGCUGACUUCACAGCACCCGUAUGCUGAGGUGUACAUCGGCCAGCCUCACGUCUGGACUGUGGACAUUGAGAAUCCAGGAGAGGUGGACAGAGCCAUCAGAGCCAUCCUCAGUCAGAAGAUUGAGCCCUAUCUUCCGUAUGAGUUCACCUGUGAGGGGAUGCUGCAGAGGCUCAACUCCUUCAUCGAGAACCAGGAUUUCUGUCAUGGUCAGGUGAUGUGGCCUCCUCUCAGCGCUCUGCAGGUGAAGAUGGCUCCGGCAGGUAAAUCCUGUAAGCAGGUAUGUCAGGAGGAGCAGAUGAUCUGCGAGCCGUCCUUCUUCCAGCACCUGAACAAGGACAAGGACCUGGCCAGGUUCGGUGUAGAGUGCAGGACGGUGGAGAGUGUCGGGGACAUCGUGGUCCCUGCGUUCAGCGAGACAUCGCGUCACUGUGUGCUGCAGGCUGAUCUGCUGCUGUUCAGCUGUGCGGGCGCUCACUCUUCACUCCAGCGCAUCUGCCCCUGCAGGGACUACAUGAAGGGCCAGGUGGCCCUGUGCAAAGACUGCUUAUAACACACACACAUUCCAGUGUUUCCCCUUUAGCUCUGGGUCCGGGUCCCAUCGCUUUAGUGUCUGUUUUCCUAUAGAACUGAGUAAAUUUAUACUGUCCAUGUACAAUACCCAGAUGCUGACAUUUUAGCGGUUAAUUACUGUUUAUUGUGAGCAAGCAAACUGCGAAAUAUUUAUUUGUGAUGCACUUUGUUAGGCAAAAAUAUCAAAAAGAAAAUAUCUUUAGGAAAACUCAUUUAAUUCAUUUAGCUUUAAACAUGAACAGAGACCUAGUGUCUUUGGUAAGGCCCACUGGUAAAGCUGUUUAUGAGCGCCUACUGAUUAGUGCUUAAAUUCACAAAUUAGUAAUAAACUCACCUCAGUGUUAGGCUUAUUUUCCUCUAGGCUCCGCCUUUUGAGGAACUGUAGGGUUCUAGAACUCGGCUGAAAGAGCAGUACAACAGAAGCCGUCUGAUUGCCAGUUAACAUUAAUGAACAAUUCCCAAUAAUUACCAAUUCCCUUUAAUUACCAAUUACAAUUAAUUACCGAUUAUUUAUCAUUUUAAAUGGCUGCUAAUUUUCAAUUCACAAUAAUUACCAAUAAUUGUAGAAUUCCAAUCAUUACAGACAGCCAGUAUCUGGGAAUUAUCAAUUACCCAUAAGUACCCAUUUCCAAUAAUUACAGAAUUCCAGUCAAUACAGAUACCUAAUAUCUGCUCAUUACCAAUAACUACGGAUUCCCAAUAAUUACCCAUUUCCAAUAAUUACCCAUUUCCAAUAAUUACCCAUUUCCAAUAAUUACCAGUUUCCAAUAAUUACAGAUUCCCAAUAAUUACCCAUUUCCAGUAAUUACAGAUUUCCAAUAAUUACAGAUUUCCAAUAAUUACCAGUUUCCAAUAAUUACAGAUUUCCAAUAAUUACCAGUUUCCAAUAAUUACAGAUUCCCAAUAAUUACCAGUUUCCAAUAAUUACCCAUUUCCAAUAAUUACCAGAUUCCAAUAAUUACAGAUUCCCAAUAAUUACCCAUUUCCAAUAAUUACCCAUUUCCAAUAAUUACCAGUUUCCAAUAAUUACAGAUUCCCAAUAAUUACCCAUUUCCAAUAAUUACAGAUUUCCAAUAAUUACAGAUUCCCAAUAAUUACCCGUUUCCAAUAAUUACCAGUUUCCAAUAAUUACAGAUUCCCAAUAAUUACCCAUUUCCAAUAAUUACCCAUUUCCAAUAAUUACAGAUUCCCAAUAAUUACAGAUUCCCAAUAAUUACCAAUUUCUAAUAACUACAAUUUCCCAAUAAUUACCAGUUACCGAUGUGCAUCAAUUUCCAAUAAUUACUGAUUCCCGAUCAUUACAGAUAGACACUAAUUAGCAACAUGCCCUAAUUAGAAACUUCAGCUGAAUUUUUAUUUUUUUAGAACACCAACCACCGUUUUGAACAGUCACUAAUUACUGAAUAAACAUGUACGUGCUAAUAGUUUUUAAUUCUCCGUCCUAGACCUUGACGUUUAAGUUUGUCCAAAGUGUCUGUGACAAAUAUCAUCAGCGAGUGCUGUGGCGUUUGUUCAGCUUUUGUAAAGGCCAGACUGAUAUUAAGGGGAAACACUGCACACAUGCUCAAAGCCGAAGCUUGUGUUUCUCACAAGGCUUUACAUGUCAGAGCGACUGAUCAAUUGUGAAAAGGGGGGAGGGGAGGUGGGGGGGGGGUGGGCGUAUGGACAAAUACAAAAGAAAGGCCAGCCUGAACAAGUGCUGAACUGUUCUCCGAAAUGGCCUGAAAUACUUGAAGGAGGCGCGCAGGUAUACGGAACUCGUCACUGCCCCCUGUGUGUGUGUAGGAGACACUCCAGCGUCGCACUGUUAGAUUUUAUUCUAUUUUAUUUAAUCCUCUCCGUCCCUCCUAUCUCCUGUUCAUCGCGGGACCAACGUUCCCAGGAAGGAACUUUAUUAAAGCGCCAGAGGAAAGAAAAAACAAACAAAACCCAAGGUCAGAAACUCUUCAACCCUGCGUGUGGAGGAUUUUCUAUUCAGACUGCCUGUGCUGCAUUUACGUGUACAUAUGAAUUUUAAAUAGAAGUAAAUGUGUUGCAGCGUACCCACAACAGCACAUGCACAGUCAUUUUCCUGGCCUUCGCUGUUUUGUGGCCUGCUUUUAGCAAACAACGAGAACACAUUCUGAUCCUCACUACAGGCUACACACUCCCAGAAUGAAGUCCUCCAAAAUUUCAAUAUCAUAUAUUGAAAUCACUUGGAAAUGACAUUAGCUAUUACAGAUGUGUUGGUUCAGUUCCUGCAGCUCAUCUCAAAACUCAUGUACAAUACUGUAUGCUAAAAAAUCACCUGACACCCCACCCCCCCCCCCUUUCACUCUUGGAUUCUUCAUUUGCCUGCAGAAUUGUACGCGUCAAAUAUUUCUUUCCUGAGUGAAAGUGCACUACGCUAGCCUGUAUACUGAAAAAACCAGAUGUGACGACACUGUACAAUUGUUCAUGAGGGGGGUUUUUUUUGUUCGUUUAUUUUUUAUACAAAAUAAUGUGAUUUUUU